AGGCUCAGUAAGCAGAAACAAGCCACACCCAGUUCAAUGACGUUGGACCUGUGCUGCCAAGGAAGAUGGCGUCGGUAUCAGAAAUGUACGAUGUAACCUGGGAAGAAAUGAGAGACAAGCUGCGGAAGUGGAGGGAGGAUAACCACAGAAACAGUGAGCAAAUCGUGGAUGUUGGCGAAGAAUUGAUAAAUGAGCAUGCGUCCAAACUUGGAGAUGACAUAUGGAUAAUUUAUGAGCAGGUGAUGAUAGCUGCGCUGGACUGCAGUCGGGAUGAUUUGGCUUGGACUUGUCUACAGGAACUGAAGAGGCAGUUUCCAGGUAGCCAACGAGUGAAGCGAUUAGCGGGAAUGCGGCUGGAGGCUUUGGAAAAGUACGAGGAUGCCAGCAAGCAGUAUGAUUCAAUACUGCAAGACGAUCCCACCAAUACGGCGGCGAGGAAGAGGAAGAUCUCCAUUCUGAAGGCCCAGGGGAAGAGUGCCGAGGCCAUUCGCGAGCUCAACGAGUAUCUGGAGCAGUUCGUCGGGGACCAGGAAGCAUGGCACGAGCUGUCGGAACUCUACAUCAACGAGCACGACUAUGGAAAAGCAGCUUUCUGUCUGGAGGAGCUGAUGAUGACCAACCCUCACAAUCACUUGUACUGUGAGCAGUACGCUGAGGUGAAGUACACCCAGGGGGGGCUGGAAAACCUGGAGCUGUCCAGAAAAUAUUUUGCCCAGGCUCUGAAGCUGAACAACAGAAACAUGAGGGCCUUGUUCGGUCUGUAUAUGUCGGCAAGCCACAUUGCUGCCAGCCCCAAAGUGAACGCCACAGUGAAAAAGUCCAAUGUGAAGUAUGCUGCUUGGGCCACCAAUCAAAUCAACCGAGCCUAUCAGCUGGCCGGUCGCGGGACAAAGGAGAACAAAUGCUCCGUGAAGGCCGUGGAGGAGAUGCUGGAGUCCAUGCAGAUCACCAUGUCCUAAGCCCCACCCCCAACUACAUGGCUCAACAAGGCAGCUCUGUUGGCUCAGAGCUGUGCACCCUCCAUUCCCCUACCCCCUCCAGGCUCGACCACCACCACCCCUAUCCUCCCCCUGAUGAUUUAGAGCAGGGCUGUGUCUGAAAUGACACCCUACGCCCUACAUAGUGCCCUUUAUAGUGCAGUACUAUUAACCCGAGCCCUAUCUGAGCAAAUAUAGUGGACUAUAUGGGAUACAUGGGGUGACAUUUGAGACAUAGGCCAGGUAGAGGAUGCUCCCGCAUUGAGAUCAGGGACUGAGAUGUGAGUAGAGAAGAGAGUGGCUGUAAUAAAUGCUAAUAUAAAGAGAGGGCUUGGACAGGUCCGUCUGUAUGCAGCUAGGCCCUCCGAGAUUUCCUUAUGUCUGUAAAUGAAAUGAAACGUUUUUAUUUUGUAACUAUUGUUUUUUUCUCUGUCAGUCCAUCCAGAUGUCUUAAUAAAGGUUUGAAUUGUU